AUGGCGUCAGUCAGCAACCUACCGGCCCUUUGGCCAUUCCCGACCUCUCAACAGACAGAGGACCAAGUCGAUAACUCUCUGUCUGUCGUUGACAACCGGACUGGUCUCUCAUACAACAUUCCCAUCAAGCAAAACUCCAUUCAUGCCACAGACUUCCACCAUAUCAAGUCUCCGCACAAUGCAAAGAAUCGUGUCGAGCAAAACAACGCGGGAAUCCGCAUCUUCGAUCCCGGGUUCCAGAACACGGCAUGCAUGGAAUCCGAAAUCACAUAUGUUGAUGGGGAUGCAGGCGAGAUCGCCUACCGGGGCAUUCCCGUCGCCGACUUGUUCCGCUCCGGAAGGCCGUUCGAGCACGUCGCCUUCCUCCUGAUCUUCGGCCAUCUCCCCAGUGACUCGGAGGCGGAGGCGUUCAAUACGUCUAUUGCCACUUCUGAGAUGCCACCUCAGGCUAUAUUCGAUACGAUCAACAACCUACCCCUGGACACACACGCCCCGACAGCCAUUGGUGCCACCCUCGCACUUCACGCGUCUCUACGCCCCGAGAAGAUCCCGGCAUACCGCGGUGAGAACCUCUACAAGGGCAACAUGGCCGCCAUAGAUAAGGAGGUCCCGCAGCAGAUAUUCACCGUCUCUGUCAUCUCAACAGCGAUAUUCUGUCGCCUCCACGGCCGCGAAUUCACGCCACCCAAACCCACUUACUCGUACAUAGAGAACAUGCUACACAUGAUGGGAUUCGUAGAAAAGGAAACCGGUCGGCCGGAUCCUCGAGUUGUCAAGUUGCUGAACAGCACCAUGAUACUCAUGGCAGACCAUGAAAUCACCAACUCCGCCUCGGUCGUCCUCAGCACGGCGUCCACGCUGGCAGACCCUUACUCGUGCUGCGCCGCUGCGACCCUUGCUGGCAUCGGUAUUCUUCACGGCGGUGCCAUCGAGGUCGCGUAUAAGCAGCUCGAAGCUGUGCGCGACUUGAAGGAGGUCCCAAUGUUGAUCGAGGCUGUCAAGGCAGGCAAGAUGCGACUGUCUGGGUAUGGUCACAGGAAGUGGAAGCUCCCGGACCCGCGGUCGGUCCUCUUCCGCGAGCUGAUUACCGAGGCCAUGAAAGACAUGCAGUCCCUAAGGGAGGACCAUCACCUCGCCGUCGCUCUCGAGAUCGACCGCGUCGCAUCCCAGGAUCCCUACUUCCAGUCGCGCCACCUGUGCGCGAACGCAGACCUUUUCCUAAGCUUUGCGUACAAGGCCAUGGGCAUUCCCGUCGACUUCAUCCUGCCCAUGACGCUCCUGAACAGGAACCCGGGAUACGUGGCGCAUUGGCGCGAAGCUAUGGCCGAUCCCAAGCCUCGCAUGUGGCGGCCACUGCAGAUCUAUGUUGGGAAUAUCCCGAAGGAGCAGGGUGAUGACUUGAAGCAGAACCCGGUGGCUCUCAGCAGUCUGUGA